GCCCCUGGCCAGCCUCCUCCACGUGGUUGUGCGGUGAACUGCAGACAGAGAGCAUAUAAGUGAGAGGGGAUGGAGCCAAAGCGUACAACUGAUACUAGCUGGAAGUACACCAACAAAUCACAACACGAUACUACUCCACUGACAAUGGAUGAGGCAAUGAUCACAGGGACACCUGAAUAUGACAUAGGACCUGCUACCGAUUACACUGAUUACUACUACCUGACCGGGCCCACGGAUGAUGAAGGCCUGUGUGACCGCACCUGGGUCCGAAACUUCCGCGGCCAGUACGAGCCCCCCCUCUUCUGGAUCAUCUUCAUCCUGGGUGCCGUGGGAAACCUCAUGGUGGUCCUGAUCUACUGCACCGUCCGCAACCGCAUCAAAACCAUGACCGAUGUCUACUUGCUCAACCUGGCCGUUGCCGAUCUCCUCUUCCUGUGCACGCUACCGUUUUGGGCCAAAGACGCGUUGAUCGACUGGUGGUUCGGCGAAGGUGUGUGCAAGUUUGUCUCGGCGGUCUACAAAAUCAACUUCUUCAGCAGCAUGCUCCUCCUCACCUGCAUCAGCGUGGACCGCUACAUCGCCAUCGUCCAAGUGACCAAAGCGCAAAACUUCAAGAAGCAGAGACUCUUCUAUAGUAAGCUUGCAUGUUUAGGCGUGUGGGUAUUGUCCUUUAUGUUAGCUUUGCCCGAGUUUAUCUUCGCCACGGUGAAGACGAACCCUAACGGUAGCACUUCAUGCAAGCUUGUCUACUGGAACAACUUUAACAACAGAAAAAAAAUCUUGGUGCUAUCUUUGCAGAUCUCCAUCGGUUUUGCUCUCCCGUUCCUUUUCAUGAUUUUUUGCUAUUCCGUCAUCAUCCGUACGCUUCUCCAGGCGAAAAAUUUUGAAAAACAUAAGGCCCUAAAGGUAAUUUUCGCGGUCGUUUUAGUUUUUGUCCUCUCCCAACUUCCGUACAAUGGUUUUCUGAUCAUGGAGGCGACUCAAGCGGCCAACAUGACCAUUACGGAUUGUCUAACGUUGAAUAAAUUUGACAUAGUGGGGCAAAUAGCCAAGAGCUUAGCGUACACACACGCUUGCCUGAAUCCGUUCUUGUACGUGUUCAUUGGCGUGCGCUUCAGACAAGACCUGCUCAAAAUGGUGAAGAUGAGAGCAGGAAGUUUGAGCAAAGUGGGUCUUAUAAAAUCGCCGACCAGCUCCAAGCGUCUACCGUCCGUCAUGUCCGAUACCGAAACCACUCCAGCUCUUUCCUUAUAAAGUUUGGUGAUAUCUCUCCCGGUUAGGACCAUACUGUGCAAAAAACUACCAUUUUAAAACUUUGAAUCUUGUUAAAAUGUCACUCCACUGUUGGUUUGAAAGAUUAAUCGCAAUCGAAAUCGCAGUUUGAAUGGACAGAAUUAGCAAAUAACAAAAUCAUAUCAUAAACAGCUAACUCUGUACUUACGAUCUGUACGAACAUGUUCUAAAACGUGAUUAUUGUGUUAGCUUAUCCAUUUUCAAAUUGUAUUCAAAUUUCAAUCUUUUUGUCAAUUCUUCUGGACGCGUUUAAAAUCUCAACAUUGAAAAUAAUCCUAUUUGUAAAACAUAAAUCGUAAAUUUAACCGAAUCUUAAUAUGAUGUUUCUCCGAAAUCAUGCCCCAGCACAGAUGCCAACAAAAUCCACAAGUGUUCCUUUGUGUUUUUAAAGUCCAUUCAUAUUCACCAGACCUGUUCGAGAUCAUUUCAGGGCUCCAAUGGCAAAUAUAAAGACUCUGUGACAUUUUUAUUAAACUUAAACUAUUAGAUGAUGUUGUUGCCAUGGCGAACAAAUGGCGGACUGUGACUCCUUGAUUCGAGCUUUGAGAAAAUGUCCCUUUUUUGUACACUGACGUUUUCUCCGACUUUUUUAUUCCAAAUUGAAGUACAGUACUGACAAAAUCAAAAUGCAUUAGUAGUAAUUGCAAAAUAGAUUAUAAAAAGUAUGUUUACAUAACUCACACUGGCAUUCUUUGUGUAUAAAGUGUAAAUUAUCUGUAAAUAUGUGUUGUUUUUUUACAUUGUGAGUGAUUGAGCAUUAUUUCUGUGACAGACUUGUUUGCUGCUGUACCAAUUUUCAAGAUUUAUUUUUACAUUUUGUGUUAAAAAAAUAAAAUAAAAAUCAAACAGA